GUAGUUGACAUUGUUUUUGCCCCUUAAUUUCCAGCAAAAUCGUUCGCCGUCUUUUGAAGCAGCUGUUGCCCAUUGUGAAGUAUUUGUUCUCCGUCAUCUCGCGUCGUUAGUUCAUUGAACUCACUGCAUUGAGUGGAUUUGGUCCAAGUUGAGUUUAGAAAUGGAUGGCCAUCAUCAGAAGCAAAAAAACAAGUACAGUAUAAUUGUUCCUACAUAUAAUGAGCGUCUCAACAUUGGUCUCAUUGUUUACCUCAUCUUCAAGCACCUUGGGGAUGCUGAUUUUGAAAUUAUUAUUGUGGAUGAUGGCAGUCCUGAUGGUACUCAGGAUGUUGUAAAACAGCUGCAGCAAGUUUAUGGAGAAGAUCGGAUUCUGUUAAGAGCACGACCUAGGAAGCUGGGUUUAGGAACUGCUUAUAUUCAUGGCAUGAAGCAUGCAUCUGGAAAUUUUGUUGUCAUCAUGGAUGCUGAUCUAUCACACCAUCCAAAAUAUUUGCCAAGCUUCAUUAGAAAGCAGUCGGAGACUGGUGCUGAUAUAGUUACAGGGACUCGUUAUGUUAAAGGUGGUGGUGUGCAUGGAUGGAAUCUUAUGCGUAAACUAACUAGCAGGGGGGCAAAUGUUCUUGCACAAACACUUUUAUGGCCUGGUGUCUCAGAUUUGACAGGAUCUUUUAGACUUUAUAGGAAAUCAGUGCUUGAAGAUAUCAUUAGUUGCUGUGUUAGUAAAGGAUAUGUCUUUCAAAUGGAAAUGAUAGUACGAGCAUCCAGAAAAGGGUACCAUAUCGAAGAGGUUCCAAUCACAUUUGUUGAUAGAGUAUUUGGAAGUUCAAAGCUUGGUGGAUCAGAGAUUGUUGAAUACCUAAAAGGCCUAGCAUAUCUUUUGGUAACAACAUAAAAGAUAAAUCAUAACAACUGAUAUAUGUCUUACAUUUUGGGGAAAAAAAACUAGAUAUAAAUCUUGUUGAUCAACUACCUGUUUAUUGGGGGUACAUCAGCUUGGCUGAUAGAAUCUCCAUAACUUGCUUUUUCAAUUUAGCAGGAAGCAUCUGUAUGUUUCUGUGUCUAUAAUUGUGUGAAACUUGAUAAUUAAUUGUUUUAGAUUUUAUGAACUUGUGACUUAGGCUGAGGUCUUCUCUGGUUUCGUCCCUUCUAGGCGCCAAGACGCCAACUGUAAAAUUCUGCUCCAACUAUUGAUUUAAGUCUCAAAGUCUUUGUAGAUGACCAUACUAAAGCUUGACUUGUAAAAUUCUACAGGAGAUUUCAACUA